AUGGCUGCAGCGCUGGGUCUGGGGGGCUCUCUUGGGGACCCGGGGGGCGCGACCAAAGUUCUCCACUCCCUGCGUUACCUGCAAGUGGCAGUGUCAGAGCCCAGCCCGGGGAUCCCCCAGUUCAUGUCCACUGGGUACCUGGAUGGGAUCCCCUUUGUGCGCUACGACAGCGAGCGGGGCCGGGUGGAGCUGCUGACGCAGUGGAUGGAGAAUGGAGUCGAGCCGGAACAUUGGGAGAGGAAGACCCAGACCUGCGAGGCAUGGCGGCACGUGGAGACCAGGAACUUGGAGACAGCACGGGAGCGGUACAACCAGAGCAGGGGUCCCCACACACGGCUCUGGGUUUAUGGCUGUGAUCUCCUGUCUGACGGGAGCAUCCGUGGAUCCAGUCGGCUUGGCUACGAUGGACGGGAUCAUAUCUCCUUUGACCCAAAAUCCGGGAAAUUCAUGCUGGCCGACAGUUCUGCUGAGACUACUGGGAAGCACUGGGAACAGGAAGGGAUUGAUGCUGAGAGGUGGACAAAUUACCUGAAGCACGAAUGCCCUGAAUUACUCCGGAAAUACGUCGGAUACAGGCAGAAGGAGCUGGAGCGCAAAGUGCCCCCUGAUGUCCACGUGUCCGGACGAGAGGAACACGGGACGCUGAUCCUAUCCUGCCACGCGUACGGAUUCUACCCCAACACCAUCGCAGUCAGCUGGAUGAAGGGGGGUGAAACCUUGGAUCAGGAGACGGAGUGGGGCGGGAUCGCUCCCAACAGCGACGGCACCUUCCACACCUGGGCCAGGAUCGAGGUGCUGCCGGAGGAGCGGGAGCAGUACCGGUGCAGGGUGGAGCAUCCCGGAAUGCCGGAGCCCGGGAUCUUCGCUUGGGAGCCGACAUCUGGUGGGAAUCUCACCGUGGUGGUCGCUGUGUCCAUCAUCGCUGCCAUCCUCAUCCUCACUGUCCUCAUCGGAUUCAGCAUCUGGAGGCUCCAAUCCGCUAACACACGGGAUGGGGGGAUGAGGGACAGGAAUGGAUACAACCCGGCAGCCGGAAAAGAUGUGGGAACCAACGGCUUGAGCACAGGAAUCACUGCCUGA